GCAGAAGUAGCGGUGGAAGAUACGCAUGAAUAUUGCGAAUUGCUUAGCACAUUGGAAAGUGAAUAUCAACAGCUGCGCGAUCUAUCAGCUGGACGCAUGCUUGACUUGGAUACUCUAAUCGCUUUCAUUCGUGGUGCACAGCAGGAAAUCGUUUGGAUCAACGAGCGAGAGGAUAUUGAGGUUUCACGAAAUUGGUCCGAUAUCAGUCAACUCGAUCUGCCAAUGCUUCAGAAUUACUACAAACAGCUGCUUCAUGAAAUCGAACUUCGUGAGCCACGAUUCAACGACGUUCACAAUAAAGGAGCAGCGCUGCUGAAUCAAGGCCAUCCGGCAAUUCACGUCAUUGAAUUUUACUUGAAUGCAAUGCAGCGGAAAUGGGAUUGGCUAUUGGCGCUAUCGAAAUGCCUUGAGCAACACCUCCGUGAUGCGCUCAACCUUCACUCGGUAUAUUUUUGA